GUAUUGAUUAAAUGAGAAGAAAGCAAGAAAGGAACAGGAUCGAAUUUUCCCUUGUCUUGCUUCUCUCCGUCUCGCUUUCUUCGAGCCGGAGGUUUUUGGGAUUCUUUGAUCGAUCUGAAGGGAGAUCAAAGGGAAGAAGCCUAGGUGGGUUUUGAAAGUGACGUGGGGGGAUGGAUCCCGAGCAGACCUUCCUCCGGGUCCACGCGCGGGUCUCGGGGAUGCUGUCACAGCUCCUGACACCGAGGACCCGGUUGGCGCUCGAGUACGGGUACCUGGCCGUCGCCGUGGCGCUCUUCUGCUUGCUCGCUGUCAUGCACAUCAAUUUCGUGCAGCAGCCGGGUUGUUCAAGCGAGUUUUCUGGAAUUGAAUUUACUGAAGCUCAACUUAUCCAGAUAAAGAUAAUCAGUGGGGGUCUGUGGGCUCAGAGCACAGCCGACCAGAAUGUUGUGGAUUUCCAGAAACAUGAAGCUUUGACUGAGAACUCCAAAAUUUCAGAAGUGAAUGGAGAUGAGUUCACAAUCUUGACAGCCAAGUUUUGGUCAAACUGGUUAGGUUCAGGUGCCAGAAGGAGCAAAUUGAUAUUUAGAUCUUGGAAGGGUGACAAAGAGUUUCUUGAGCCUCAGUUGGAAAAUGCAGCUGAUAAUACCAUCAACAAAGCUGUUUUGGAUGAAACAGAUAUUGAAGGUAUUACAGAAGGUCACAAAGGCCUCCCUGUAUCUGCUAGAGAGUCAUUAAAAGCAGCACUUUUUCAUUUCUUUACUAAGUGGCACAUGCGUUUCAUUUCCUUCUGGAAAAAUGCAAAGCAGUUUUCUCAGAGGACCUUUCAAUUAUUGACUGCUGCAAGUUGGAAUGAAUCUCUUGAUAUUUCAAAGUGCUUACAACUGCUUCACAUGGAACGUCUUAGCUCAUUGAUAGUGCAGUGGCUUGAGAAGAGAAGCAAAGCAUUUGAGCCAACAUAUCUAUAUACUGUUGAGAAGGGAUUUUUCCUGCUUUCUGAAGGAGCAAAAUCUCGACAUAACAUCCGGAUGAUUAAUAUUACAAUUUCUGCUCGGAAUCCCUGCUUUGGUAACAGAUGGCAACAACUUCUGAUCAACAGUUUUGUUGGUUAUGAUACCAUUCUUACAAAUAGUUUGUUGAGUUCUCCUGGUCAGGGAUAUCUUUAUAACUUUCAAACAAAGGAAUUUUAUGAUCUUAGUUAUGGGCAUGAAUUAGAAGAAGGCCCUGCAAGAUUUGGAGACUAUUUUGUUACAAAAUGUGGCGUGCUUAUUAUGUCACUUUUUGUUUUCUUCACAACAAUCAUGUCUGUUUCAUUUACUCUGAGAGAAACGCAAUCUCGCAUGCUUAAGUUCACAGUGCAGCUCCAACACCAUGCUCGCCAUCAGCUUCCCACGUUCCAGUUGAUCUUUGCGCAUGUGAUUGAAUCUUUGGUUUUUGUUCCAAUUAUGAUUGGAAUUCUGUUUUUUCUAUUUGAGUUUUAUGAUGACCAGCUACUUGCAUUCCUGGUUUUAACUCUUGUAUGGUUGUGUGAACUAUUUACAAUGAUCAGUGCGUCCACAUCAAUAUCUAGGCAAUUUUUUCCUCGCUUCUUCUUGCUCUAUUUUCUGGUUUUUCACAUCUACUUCUUCUCGUAUGCUUAUGGUUUUUCAUAUCUCGCUUUCUCUGCGACUGCUGCAUUCAUGCAGCACUUAAUUCUUUAUUUCUGGAACCACUUUGAGGUCCCAGCCCUUCAGAGGGUUAUGAGGAGCCGAGGUCGGAUGCAGCAACAGGCUGGUGUUCGGAUCACAUCAUCGACCAUCUACAGCUCAACAGUGCAUAUUGCCAGAGUAAAUGUGAGAAACAGUGAUGUGGUAAAUAAUGAGCUUGGAGAUGGACCCUGACUUCGUUAGGUGCCUGAUCAUCCAGAGUCUGCUGAAAGCACUGAAACUCAAGAGCAGUCGGUAAUGGACAACCCUGAUUCAGUAAGCAAUGCUCUCCACUUUCAGGCUCUUGGUCAUCAACAGACAGGAACUGCUCCUGGCUCCAGCCUACUCAACCCAUUUGGUUUCCUCCUGCUACGGAUCUUAGGAGGAGCUUCUUCUGAUAGCACCAUGCCCUUCUUUUCUACGUUCAGAGAUGUGCCAGACCAGGGCCAAGGUUUUGCAGAAAACCCCCAACAUGAAAAUGAAACUAGAACAUAAAGUUCUUAUACUUUUCCCCAGUUUAAAGGAGAAAUGAUAUCCAGUUCCUCAAUGGGCAACAUCCAACAAUUUUAUCAUGGAGAAGGUACAACGCUGGUGUUCAAAGGGUUAUAAUGGGUGGCAUGGUCAUGAUGGCCUGUAGCUUGUUAUAGAAUGGCUUGGUUGUAUGUGAUAUAGUUUCCAUCAUUUGUCAAGCUUUUGUUUUUGUUUUAAUGCAUCAAUGGUUGUAUGUGAUAUAGUUUAUAUUAUUGGUUGUAUGCGUAAUUCUUGUUAUAGUAACAAUUAAUGCAUGAUUUUCA